UUAACAUUAACAUACACACAAAACCCCAAAACACAACUUCUCAAGAAACUCUCUCUACGUUUCCUUCGUCUUCUUCUCUCUUCCUCCUCUGUUAUAAAAAACCCAAAUCCCAUUUUCCUACAGAUAUUAAGUUUCUCUUCUCUAUCUCCAUCCGAGUAUUCGUCUCAUAACUAACCUCCUGAGCUGAUCUGAAUUACUCCUCUCUGUAAAUGGCAGAGGAGUUCGAUGAAUCCGAGGUUUUAUUCUCCGACGAUUUCAGCUCCGUUCUCAAGAGAGACGAAGAGAAUGAGAAUCUAAUGUUCGGUUUCAAGGAGAGGAAGAAGACGAGGCGGAUAAUCAAGAGAACGGAGAAGGCGUCGUUGUCGAGCUCGCUUCCGGUGAAUAUCCCAGAGAACAUGUUCCGGAGAUACGUCGGGAAAGAAGACGAUGAUGAGUACACCGAUGAGGAAUAUUCCGACGAAGGAAGAGAGAUCGUUCCGCCGCAUAUUAUCGUCGGACGGAGGAUCCAAGGAGGACAAGUGGCGUUUUCCGUUUGUACAGGUAGCGGAAGGACUCUCAAGGGGAGAGAUCUGAGCCGGGUCAGGAAUUCGGUUCUUAGGUUAACCGGUUUUUUGGAGGCUUGAACCGUUGCUACUACUACCGGUUUUCCCAUUUUAUCAUCAUCAUCAUCUCCCAAUUAUUAUUAUUUUUAGCAAUUUACGGGGAAAAUUUCCAGCUUUUCCCGUGUUGUUUUUGUUUAAGUAGAAGGUGGGAAAAAUGUGAAAAAGAAAGAAAGAAAUUGAUCCAUUUUUUCCCUUUUUUAAAAAAACUGUUUUAUUUUUCCCUCAAUUGUAUUGGAAAAAUAGAAGUAAACUAUUUGUGUUAAUUUAUGAGAAAGAAAUAUCCAAAGUUUGUCAAGUGUGUCUUUUGUGAAGUUAUGGAAGUGUGAUGAAUAUAUCUGAGUUGGAUUAUUGUUGUGCAGAU